CCACUGGGAUUUGCAUAAACCACUCGACUGUCUGGCGAACGCUGAGCUGCUCUGUCAGUCCCGGGGGACUUUUCACAUUAGGUUCUUUGUAUUUUCACAGACAGGGCAAGUUCUACAUUUGAAGGAUUUUCUGAGAGGCUGGUACUGCAUGACUCUGUCCAGCUCAUGCUUUUCUUCGUUUCAUGGAUAAAGUGGCCCCGUGAAUAGGAAUGCCUGCCCAAAUACCAGAACUGGAGACCAUGGAUGAAGAUCAAAUAAUUAAAGAAGUCUUGGAUAAGUUUGUUAAUUGUCAUGAGCAAACAUAUGAAGAAUUUCUGAGCACCUUUAUUCAUCUUUCGAAAGAGGAUAAAGUGACCCAAAGAGGCUUGUUUGGAACCAGAUCUUCAGGAGACAUAUUUAUUUCAGUACAACUUACUCAUGAAAAUGGACCAAAUGAUCACCGCCUUAGGAGUAAAGCCAUCUUUCUUCGUACUUCAUCACAGUCUUCAGAAGAGAAACAGAUAGUGCUGGAUGAAGGCCAACAAGUUGGCAUUUCCUUUCAAAGUGAUCCAAAUUGGGCAGGAAAGGUGAAGGUAGAUAAUUUCCUAGAAGUAGAAGAUUUGGACAUGGAUGAAGAGAUUAAGCCCCAAAUGAGCAAGGAUUUGCCGCUGCUGCCCGGGGAAGUGGAGGACGUAAGCACCCACAUUCCUUCCAGCAUUCCUCCUGCAGCUGACAUUCCUCCCGCAGCCGACAUUCUUCCCGCAGCCCAGCCUCUGACCCCUGCAGUCAAUCCAAGGCCCACGGUGGAAAGAGCGGACACGCAAAAGGACGAGAUACUCGGGGAUGAAGUUCAGCCCUUCAGACUUGAUGAAGAAUUUGAUUAUGACACUGUGAUGCUAACCCCCAAGUUCACUCCUGCAGAGGUAGAAGCCAUCAAAGAACAACUAUCCAAGCACAAGCGAGAGAACACCAACGCGGACUUGGAGGAACCCCGUGACUGAUUCACCAAGACGUCUUCCUGUUUACAUUUUGUUCUUAUUCAAGCAAAAAUAGAAUAAAUGAUAAACCUACUGGAAGCCCCUCUGUGGAAAUUUAUGUGUGCAUUGAUUUGUCAAAGUUACUUGCCUAUAGGGAGAUGCUGCUAACAAGACCACAGAGAUCUCCACCCUCACAGAGCUCCCUUCUGUCACGUUGUUGCUGCAUCCAUGGCGGGUAGGGGGUGAUGGAGGUGGCAAGUUGGGACAGGAGUCAACACCCACUGAAGGGUCAGUUUGAAGAGAGCAGUACAACUAGGUAACACGGGGCAUUUUAACAAAGAUUGGAAGCAUCUUCCCACCUUUUGGGGGAUGAAGGACAGUUACACAUGCAAAAUGCCUUGUAGCACAGAGAGAAGUACUGAUUAUGUGGGGAGGUUAUUGGCCGCAGCUAUCCAGACAUAUUGGUAUGAAUCUGAUUGCUGAGAGGCUGGGCUUCUGGGAUUGAUUGGGAAAGGCAUGACUGGAAAAGAAGGCAACUGAGAAUUGAUUCUAUGUCAUGUAUUAAAUUCUUGUACUUUGUUAUCGCCAUUGUGAUAGCUACAAAGUGCAAGGAAUGAUCUCUGUCUGCAGAAGCAUAAAAUAUAAUUUGAAGAGGCAAGACAUAGAUAGAAAAAACAACUAGAGAAUGUGAAGCUUAUGAAGUGCUAAUUGUGUAGACUACCCAUACAUGCCUUAAGGAAAGGAGAAUAGAUGGCUGGAGGCACAGGUGCAGGGGGAGUAGUAUGUAUGAAGUCAUUUUUAUUAUUGAAGGAAUCCGUUACAAAUCAAAUGCACUUAGUCUUAAUUAGUUUUCACUCAGGCCUGGGCUCAUGUACAUGCAUGUGUGUGUAUAUGUGUAUUCAUAGAAAUGGCCAUUUAUAUCCUUAGGAAAGAAUGUUCUUGAUUUAACAUUACAAUAGAGUCAAGUGAUUUCCACAUUUAUUUUUUUUUUAUUUAGUCAACAAACUCUCAUUAAACACCCUUUAUGUGCCAAGGCAAUGGGGAGGAUACAAGUAGAUGUGGUCUGAUGUUGUGGGGAAGACAGAUGUAUACAUAAAUAAUUAUAGUAGAGCUAUGCUGUCUAAUAGAAUAGCCACUGGCUGCAUGUGUCUAUGGAGCACUUGAAACGUAGCUCGUGUGACAGAGUAACUGAUUUUUUUAAUCCUCACCCAAGGAGUGAGGAUAUUGUUUCCAUUGAUUUUUAGAGAGAGUGGAAUGGAGGGAGCGGGGAGAUGGAGAAAAACAUUGAUGUGAGACACAUCUAUUAGUUGCCUCUGGCUUGCACCCUGACUAGGACUAAGGAUUGAACCUGCAACUGAGGUAUGUGCCCUUGACUGGAAAUCGAACCAGUGACUCUU